GCGCGAGGCGAUUGCCUUUUUCUCGCGUGUUUACAGUUCGUACACGUGCGCGCGUGCAACUGUACGAGUUGCACUGAUAUAACUCUUUUUCUUUUUUUUUUUACAUAACGCGACCCAAUAAUUGUUUUUCGUACGAACUCAUGAAAAAUUAAUCACAACAAUCGUGAUAUGGCAUCAUCGAGAUUAUAUCAGUGCGUAACUCAGUGCAGGGCUCAACUAUUGUUUUCGUGUUUCAAAAAGCGCAAUGUCUUUCACGGCGGUCGGCUAUUUUGGAAGGACAGCGACAGUUCGUCGUACCCACUGACCCAGAUCCGAUCGCUGUCGUCGUCCUCGGGCACGGACGACAACGUCGGAGCCGAGCUCACGAGCAGUUUGAAGAAGGCCGACUUGCUGAAGACGUUGAACAUUUUCGUGCAGCGAAGAGAGGUCAAGGAGCUGGCCGCCGAGUACGGUCUCAACCAGAAUCUCUGGCAGCAGGCCUUCAAUAGUUUUCGCAAGUAUUGCGUCGAGGCGGAAUCGCUGCCGGUCGAUCUGCACGUCACGAUCAGCGACAUCAUACAGGGCGCCGGUAACAUCACCGACAUAUUUCCCUACUUCAUGCGUCACGCCAAAGAAAUUUUUCCCCACAUCGACUGUCUCGACGAUCUGAAGAAAAUCAGCGAUCUGAGGACGCCGGCCAAUUGGUAUCCCACCGCGAGGUCCAUCAAUCGAAAGAUCAUCUUUCACGCCGGACCCACGAACAGCGGCAAGACUUAUCACGCCCUGGAGAAAUUCAUCGGUGCGUCCAGCGGUGUUUAUUGUGGACCCUUGAAGCUGCUGGCCGCCGAGGUGUUCAACAAGUGCAACAGCAAGGGCACGCCUUGCGAUCUGAUUACCGGUGAGGAGAGAAAAUUGGUGAACGGCGAGGACAAUCGCUCGAAACAUGUGGCCUGCACCGUGGAAAUGAUGGAUCUGAACAAUCCAUGCGAGGUCGCGGUAAUCGACGAGAUUCAGUUGAUUCAAGAUUCCGGCAGAGGAUGGGCAUGGACCAGAGCUUUGCUGGGGGUUCCUGCGACCGAGAUACAUCUGUGCGGUGAAUCAGCUGCCAUUGACUUGGUGCAAGCUUUGUGUGGCACUACCGGUGAAACAGUGGAAGUCAGAAAAUAUAAUCGAUUGACAAAACUGGAAAUAGAAGACACAGCACUUUGCUCGUUGGCUAAAUGCGAACCGGGUGAUUGCAUAGUAUGUUUUAGUAAAAAUGAUAUUUAUGCAGUGUCACGUUAUCUUGAACAGCAAAACCAAGAAGUGGCUGUUAUAUAUGGCAGCUUACCACCUGCUACUAAACUUGCGCAAGCAGCAAAAUUCAAUGAUCCAAAUAGUUCUUGUAAAAUAUUAGUUGCUACUGAUGCCAUAGGAAUGGGACUGAAUUUACAUAUAAGAAGGAUAAUAUUCUAUUCUAUGAUCAAACCAUCUAUUAAUAAAAAAGGAGAGCGAGAGAUGGAUACUAUAUCAGUUUCUACAGCAUUACAAAUAGCAGGAAGGGCAGGAAGAUAUGGAACUCAAUGGGAGCAAGGCUUUGUCACUACUUUUAAACCAGAUGAUUUGGUAACUUUGAAAUACUUAUUGGGUCAACAGCCAGAAAUUAUAACACAAGCAGGGUUGCAUCCAACAGCUGAUCAAAUAGAAUUAUAUGCAUAUCAUUUACCAAAAGCAACUCUAUCGAAUCUUAUGGAUAUCUUUGUUUCACUAUGUACAGUGGAUGAUUCCAUGUAUUUUAUGUGUAAUGUUGAUGAUUUCAAAUAUUUAGCUGAUAUGAUUCAACAUGUUGCACUACCACUCAGAGCAAGAUAUGUAUUUUGCUGUGCACCUAUAAAUAGGAAGUACCCAUUUGUUUGUUCAAUGUUUCUGAAGUUUGCAAGACAAUUUUCUAAAAAUGAACCAAUAACAUACAGCUGGUUGUGUCAUCAUAUUGGAUGGCCUAUAGCUUUUCCAAAAAAUCUCAUAGAACUAAUGCACCUUGAAGCUGUAUUUGAUGUUCUAGACUUGUAUCUCUGGCUGGGUUACAGAUUUCCUGAUGUAUUUUGUGAAUCAGCUACUGUUCGAGAAAUGCAAAAAGAUUUGGAUGCAAUUAUUCAAAAAAGUAUACUCCAUAUAACGCAACUUCUCAAAGGUGGUGAUUUCAGUGCUCCAAGUUAUAUUAGUUCAGUGACUGAUGAGACAAAUCCUUAUCAUUUCAAUUCCCAAAAUAAUAACAAUAAUAAUAAUGGCAAUAACUUACCUCUAAAAGAAGGAAAAUUGACUGAAAGAUUAUUGUCACAGGGAUUACUUACACCAAGUAUGUUACAUGAACUGCAAAAAGAGUGGAGCCAAAAUACACAAGACCACAUGCCAAAACAAAAAUCUAAAAAUUCUAUCCAAAAUGACUACAGAUUAAGACGGAAGUUUGCAAGAAAACCAAAAUAGUGAUAUUUUAUCU